CUAUCUGAGGGGACUCCCUGGGCACCAUGUCGAGGACAGCCAUCUGCCUGCUGCGCUGCGACCUGCGUGCCCACGAUAACCAGGUGCUGCACUGGGCUCAGAGCAGCGCGGACUGGGUGAUCCCCCUCUACUGCUUCGACCCGCGGCACUACCUGGGCACCCACUGCUACGGCUUCCCCAAGACGGGGCCCCAUCGGCUCAGGUUCCUGCUGGAAAGUGUGAAGGACCUGAGGGAAACGCUGAAGAGAAGAGGAAGUACCUUGGUUGUGAGGAAGGGGAAGCCAGAAGAUGUGGUCCGUGAUCUGAUUACUCAGGUGGGCUCUGUCAGUGCUGUGGCUUUCCAUGAAGAGGCCACGGAGGAGGAGCUGGAUGUGGAGAAGGGGCUGUGCCAGGUGUGUAGUCAGCAUGGGGUGAAGAUUCAGACAUUCUGGGCAUCCACGCUCUAUCAUCGGGAUGACCUUCCCUUCAAGCCUAUUGCCAGGUUGCCUGAUGUCUACACCCAUUUCCGAAGAGCGGUGGAAUCUCAGGUGAAGGUCCGGCCAACCCUGCAGGUGGCAGAUCAGCUAAAGCCUCUGCCUCCAGGGGUGGAAGAAGGGUGCAUCCCUACAAUGGAGGAUUUGGGACAGAAGGAUCCUGUGACUGAUCCACGAACAGCCUUCCCCUGCAGUGGAGGAGAGACCCAGGCUUUAAUGAGACUGCAGUAUUAUUUUUGGGACACGAACUUGGUUGCAUCUUACAAGGAGACUCGGAAUGGACUGGUGGGAAUGGAUUACUCAACCAAAUUUGCACCGUGGCUGGCUCUGGGCUGCAUUUCUCCUCGGUACAUCUAUGAGCAGAUCCAGAAGUAUGAAAAGGAGAGAACAGCAAAUGAGAGCACAUACUGGGUCCUGUUUGAACUGCUGUGGAGGGAUUACUUUCGAUUUGUGGCCCUGAAGUAUGGCAAAAGGAUUUUCUCAUUAAGAGGGCUUCAAAGUAAGGAGAUUCCUUGGAAAAAGGACCUUCAGCUCUUUGACUGUUGGAAAGAGGGCAGAACAGGGGUUCCCUUUGUUGAUGCCAACAUGCGAGAGCUGGCAGCGACGGGCUUCAUGUCGAACAGAGGGCGGCAGAACGUUGCCAGCUUUCUCACCAAGGAUCUGGGGCUGGACUGGAGGAUGGGGGCAGAAUGGUUUGAAUACCUGCUGGUGGAUUACGACGUGUGUAGCAACUAUGGCAACUGGUUAUACAGUGCUGGUGUUGGCAACGACCCACGGGACAACAGGAAGUUUAACAUGGUUAAACAAGGCCUGGAUUAUGAUGGCAACGGGGAUUACGUCCGGCUGUGGGUCCCAGAACUACAGGGCAUAAAGGGAGCAGAUAUCCACACCCCUUGGGCAUUGAACAGUGCUGCUCUCUCCCAGGUGGGGAUAACUCUGGGUGACACCUACCCACAGCCCCUUGUCACAGCCCCCGAGUGGAGCCGACACAUCAGCCAGAGGCUGCAGGGAAGAUGUCCCCAUCCCAGGGGCAGGAGAGGACCUGCACACGCACCAAUGCAGCAGAAGGGCAGAGGGAUAGAUUUCUACUUCUCUCGCAAGAAAGGUGUGUGAUGAAGGCUGUCCCGGCUGCGUGCUGGAGAGGUGCUCUCACUGCUGAAGAUGCCCGGAGAGCAGUUCAUCUCCUUCAGCCAAGACAAUGAGACAAGUCUGGACAUGGGACAGUAACUAGGGAUCUGCCUCUUCAGCAUUCCCAGGGUCAGGAGCUGGACGUUGAUAUUUGGAGGCUGUGUAUCAGCAUGGAUUGUGAUGAUGGGAUCUUUGGUUUCUGCUUGGGUGCUUCAGGCUGGUGCUGUGAGCCCUUAGGCAGCUGGCUCAUCUCUCUCCAGCAGUGGCUGCCCUUCACUGCCAAGAGUCUGACUCCCAUGGAAGGUUUAUUAUCACUCUCAACUCUCUACGGGCCUUUGCUUGAAAGGGGCUGUCUAACUAAUAUUAAUUAACCAAAAUGCCGUGGCCUUUCUGUCUGGAGGAGGUGUGGUUGCUUUUCCAGUGCCUUUUCCCCUGCACUGGUGCUUACAGCUGUUCCAGCUAAAUUUCUACCUCACUUUACAAACCAGAGCAGAUGGUUUAUGUGGCAGGUGUGCAGUCAGAACUCUUUCUAGUGAACUUUCUUAUGCUAAUUUUCUGUGUUUUAAAGCUUUAAAACUUGCCAAUCAUUGGGUAAUUAAAAGUUUUGCUA